GAGAGAGAAAGAGAGAGAGUGAGAGAGAAAGCGAGAGAGAGAGGUGUCCGUCGAGCUCGCUCUCUCUCUUCGGUCUCGCUCUUCCAGGAAGGGAUUAUUAACCAGCGCGCUGCCGACAUGUGAAGGGAAAACACACGCAGACAAAAGAAGUUUUCACACCGACGACCACGCUAUGGACCCGGCCAGCAAAUAAAGGAAGGAGGAGGAAGGAAAAAAAGGAAAAGAAGCGGGCUACAUGAAAAAAACAACUUCUCCCACAAACACAAGCCGAGCAGUCGGGCUGCCGCUCGCGCUGCAGCUGUGCGGGUUUCUAUAAGAAAGGAAAGAAGAUAAAGAACAGCGCGCGACGGAAAAGUGGACGGAGAGAAGUUGACUGGAGAUAAUGUCUGAAUCCUCCUCCGCUGCGAACAAGCAGGAGAGGAGCUCUUUCAGUCCUUCCGCGAACCCGCUGCCAAACUCUACUUCCUCCCCCGUCCAUGCUCCCGCCGCGAGGCCAGCCAGCCGAAUGGAGGACGAGCCUGCCAGGCUGCCUGCGCACCUGCGUCUGCAGCCAGUCUUUUGGAGCAGGGACGACGUGGCCCAGUGGCUACGAUGGGCUGAGAAGGAGUUUGCCCUGCGCCCGAUCACCAGCGGUUCUUUCCAGAUGAAUGGCAAAGCCCUGCUGCUGCUGACCAAGGAGGACUUCCGCUACCGAUCCCCUCACUCUGGGGAUGUCCUGUACGAGCUGCUGCAACAUAUCCUGAAGCAGAGGAAGUCUCAUGUAUUUUAUCCGUCUGCUUACUUCCCUGGGAACUCCUUCCAUUCGCUGCCCGAAAGCGCUGUGCAGCACCUGAAGCUCGAAGAAACGGUACGACGGGGACCACGUGGUACAGAACCCAUCCCCCAGCAUCCACCAACCAUCGAACUGCGGCACCGCUCCCGCUCGCCGCACCACCCGGCCCCACGACGAUCUCCCACCGAGCCGAACCACCCUCGCCCCGCCAAUGAGGACUCCCUGCAAACCUUCUCCCAGCUGCCCGACAGCAAUCACCACCUGCCGGAGGAAAUGUACCCGUUGUCGGUGUCCCCGGCUGCACCCAACGGGCGCUGCGCUACACCCAGAGAAGCCCCCUGUCCAGGCAGCCCUGGGGGCCAGGAGGCAGGUCCUCCUCGCGUCAUCCAACUCAUGCCUAGCGCCAUUAUGAACCCUUUGCUCCUCAGUCCAAACAGGAGCGGCGGGGCUGCUGGCAUGGACUUCAGGCACAACCGCGGGGGACCCCUGUCUCAGGUGACGCUGGAGAACGGCCGUGAAGGGAAAGUCCACGGACACCAUCAUCAGCUAGCCCAGCAGCACCAACAGCAGCAGCAGCAGCAACAGCAGCAGUUACUGCAGCAGCAGCAGGAGGAGGCGCUCUACAGGAACCACGUCAUCAUGCCCGUGUCUCCUCCAGAGGAGCAGCAGAUGCCCAUCGGGCGGAUAGCAGACUGCAGGCUGCUGUGGGACUACGUCUACCAGCUCCUUUCAGACAGCAGGUACGAGAACUACAUCCGCUGGGAGGAUCCGGAGAACAAAGUCUUCCGCAUCAUGGACCCCAACGGCCUGGCCAGGCUCUGGGGGAAUCACAAGAACAGGACCAAUAUGACGUACGAGAAGAUGUCGCGAGCACUGAGACACUACUACAAACUGAACAUUAUCAGGAAAGAGCCUGGCCAAAGGCUUCUGUUCAGAUUCAUGAAAACCCCUGACGAGAUAAUGAACGGACAGACGGACAGGCUGGAGCACCUGGAGUCCGACACAGACGAACAAAUCUACAUCAAAGAGGAAUGCUGAGGAACUCUGGGAAAGCGAGUCCAUAAACUGCUUACUACUACUACUACUUCUACUAUUACUACUACUACAGCCGCUGAUGCCUUUCAGAAGCAGCUUGAAAAAUCAACAUUGAAAUUAAAGAGUGCACAGGUGUUCAGUGGUGUCAUUCCUACAGGUAGAGGCAUGAAAUGCAGUCUUUCCGAACAUGGCCUUAGGAUGAUAUUAACCUGGGGGAAAAAGAAAAAAAAAACAGCAUCGGGUGUUUUUGGAUCUUUCGGAUGGACUGAACUGAAAGGUCUCUCCUCUAAGUGUUUCCUUCUCUUUUCGAGCUGCAAAAGCCAAUCACUUUGUGCUUAUGUCACUUUUGUUUGAUCGUUUUUGUCUCCUCACAUGCAUUAUACAAAGGAAUUUUGCUGUUUCUAAAAAACAAAAAGAAAAAAAAGAAAGAAAGAAAGAAAUUUGUGUGUGUGUGUGUGUGUGUGAGUGUGUGUGUGUGUGUGACCGGAAUGUUUUCACCAUGGAAUAAACUUUUUGAUCAGA